AUGCACAAGGUCCUACGAAGGACACCAUGGACAUGUGCCAAAUGUCUGCGCGCCGCAAAAAGGCGCAGUUUGACAUCCGCAGCGUCUGCCACAGCAUCGACUCACGAUAACAGCUUCGAGAGCGCAUACCUCCAGACCUCUCCGUCGCGAAGUAGCAAUAACACUCUAUUACGAGAAUUGUUCAACAACAAGGCCGUGACCUCCCCUUUGGCACGCAACACCUCGGGCUUGAUUGGAAAUUAUCACUUGACAAGUCCCAAGGGCUUCCAGAAAUUCGCAGAGGUGUCGGUGGCACAAUGCAAGAGGCUGGUGGAAAGAACGCUGGCUGCAUCUACACUUGACGAGUACAAAGCUAUCCCACGAGACCUUGAUAGACUUAGCGACUUGCUCUGCCGGGUCAUUGACUUGUCCGAUUUCAUACGCACGAUUCACCCCAAUGAAGAUGUAGUGGCGGCUGCCACUGCUUCGUAUUCACUAAUGCUUCAAUACAUGAAUGAGUUAAAUACUACAACUGGGCUCAACCAGCAGUUGAGGAUUGCUAUGGAUACACCAGAGGUCUGCGAACAAUGGAACGCAGAAGAGAAAAUGGUGGCCCAGCUUCUCUUCAAAGACUUUGCCAAAUCAGGAAUCGAUCUUCCAGGCAAGCAGAGGAAAGAAUUCGUCUCUCUGUCGAACGAGAUUGCCCAGGUAGGCACAGAUUUCGUCAACCAGAUGGACCAUGCAAAGCAACAUGUGGUGUUUUCCGGCCAGCAAUUGGCCGGUGUCGAUCCGACUAUGCUCCAAGGCCUAAGGUCUUGGGAUAGGCUGUCGAUACCCGUCUACAGCCACCCGUCCAAAGUCAUCAUGAGCUCCGCUAGCGAUCCUGUCACAAGAAAGGAGAUGUACAUGGCUGAACGAACCGCUUCAAAACGGACGGUCGCACGGUUGGAGCAACUUCUCCUUCUUCGAGCCCAGCUAGCUCAGGUGACUGGUCAUACGAGCUAUGCGCAGAUGACACUUGGUGAUAAAAUGUCAAAAUCUCCCGAAGCUGUCAUCAACUUUUUGGAGUCCUUGAACAAGAGCAACAAGCCUCAAGUCCAGGCAGAGCUCAAGGCCCUACUAGACCUCAAACGAGGAACACAAGCAAAUGGGGAAACAUUUGAUCCUUGGGACCAUCCAUAUCUGUUAAAAAGACUCACGCAACUAGAAGCCCAAAAUGGCCCUCGAACCUCGAGAUCUCGCCUGCAUGACAGUGCCAAAUCAUUCUUCGCACUUGGUCAUGUUAUGCAAGGACUUUCAGGGCUUUUCGAGUCACUCUAUGGCGUUCGAUUGGUCCCAAAGGAGACUGCGCAGGGCGAAGUGUGGCAUCCGGAAGUGAGACGGCUUGACGUUUAUACGGACAAGGAGGAGCAUAUCGCAACCAUGUACUGUGAUCUAUUCUCACGACCAUCCAAACUGCCUAAUCCGGCCCAUUUUACAUUGUUGUGCUCGAGGGAGAUCUCCGACGAGGAAAUCCGUGAAUGUCAAGAACAAGACCAACCGUUGAACAAUGGUAUGCCGACCUUGCUCGGUGCAAACCCAAUAUCCGGCAACACAGCCCACCACCAGAUCCCUAUUAUUGCGUUGGUAUGUGGAUUCCCAGAUCCUAGCGGUUCUACCGGCCCAUCCCUAUUAUCAUUACACAGUGUGACCACUUUGUUCCACGAGAUGGGCCAUGCCAUCCAUAGUAUUCUCGGUCGAACAUCCCUACAAGGCAUAUCUGGAACAAGAUGUGCAACAGAUUUUGCAGAACUUCCAUCUGUGCUUAUGGAAUACUUUGCAACAGAUCCAACUGUGCUCAAGUCGUUUGCUCGCCAUUGGAAGACCGAUGCGGUGAUACCGGAUGAGAUGCUUGAAACUCUUGCUGCGGAGAGAUACCGACAAGCGGCUAAGACCGGUGGCUGGAAUAACGAGGCUCAAAUCCUUAUGGCGCUCCUUGAUCAGGUCUAUCAUUCUGACGGACCGGUCCAAGCUAUCUCAAGUGGACGAUACAACUCUACAGCCGUCUACCACGAUGUGUGGAAUAGGUUUGGUAGUGUCCCAGAGCCCCCUCAAACCGCCUGGCAAGGUUUUUUUGGUCAUUUAUAUGGCUAUGGAGCCAGCUACUACUCGUAUCUGUUUGACCGAGCAAUUGCACGGCAGGUCUGGAGGGCGGUUUUUCGUGAUGGUGAGGAUGCCGGCGCUGUUGAUAGAGCGGCAGGAGAGCGAUUCAAAGAGGAAGUGUUACGAUGGGGAGGUGGAAGAGAUCCGUGGUUGUGCCUUGAAGGACUCCUGGGAGAAGGUAGGGGCGUGCUUGCAGAGGGAGGGGAGGCCGCCAUGUUAGAAGUUGGCAAGUGGGGCGUUGGAGCGUCGAGCGAAGGGUCGAUGUGA